UGAACUUGGAACGAACCAGGAAGCUAGCUUUCACAUGCAAAAACUAAAACAAAAAAUAAGAUGAAAUCUCAUUGUGUAACGUUUCUAUUUUCUCCAUAUAAUUUAAUUAGGCAGUAUAUAUUCAAAACAAACGGCAAAUACGAAACCGAGUAAGUGAAGCUGGCGUGUGUUGGGUUUGAGGAAGGGAGGGAAUGUAAGACUCUUACUAACUAAUACUCCUAAUGUAUUAUAAUUCACAAAAAAAGAUACUCCUAUUAAAGAAACUGUAGCAUUGCUUUCAGCUACUACUCUUGUUUGGUUCAUUGAAAAGACAAAUUUAAUUUAUCAGUCGACCAAUUAUGGAAAGAACCAAAGGCAUUCUUAUGUUAGCUUUUGCAGUUGUGUUCUUUACUGCUUCUUUGGCUAUUAAUCCUAAUGAUGAAGCUGUUCUUCUUGCCUUCAAAUCUCACAUUUCUUCUGAUCCUAAUAACUUGUUACAAAGCAACCGGUCUGUUUCCGCCCCAGUUUGCAGCUGGAUUGGCAUUACUUGCAGCUCGCGCCACCAUCGAGUCACUGCUUUAGACAUUUCUAGCAUGCAGCUUCGCGGUACCAUUCCUCCACACCUCGGAAAUCUCUCAUUUCUUGUUUCCCUCGACAUCAGUAACAGCAGUUUUCAUGGAGAUUUGCCAGAAGAGUUGUCUCAUUUGCAAAGGUUGAAACUGAUUGAUGUUACACGAAAUAACUUUAGUGGUCCCAGUCCAUCAGUCUUAAGUUUGUUACCUAACCUUCGAUUCCUCUACCUUUCGAGCAACCAAUUUUCAGGGGAAAUCCCAUCUUCCUUUUCCAAUCUAACAAAGCUUCAACAGUUAAGAAUGCAGAGGAAUUCUCUUCAAGGAAAGAUCCCUCCUGAAAUUGGCAACCUUCGGUACUUGACAAUGUUAGACCUACAAGGUAACCGGUUUACUGGCUCUAUACCACCAUCAAUCUUCAACAUGACUUCCCUGAGACAACUCGCCAUAAUUCGCAAUCGUCUUACUGGUAAACUUCCUGUAGAUAUUUGUAACAAUCUCCCAAAUCUUGAAGUGCUCUUUCUCUCGAGCAACAUCCUAGAUGGCCUAAUCCCACCAAAUUUAGAGAAAUGCUCAAAGCUUAAAAAUUUGACAUUGUCUGGAAAUCAGUUCACUGGAACUAUACCAAGAAAACUUGGGAACUUAACUAUGCUCACAAUGUUGCAUCUUGGAGAAAACCUUUUAGAAGGAGAAAUACCAGUUGAGAUCGGUAAUCUACAAAACCUUCAAUUGCUUGGGUUAAAAGCUACUAACUUAAGUGGUUCUAUUCCUGCAAAUAUUUUCAACAUUUCAGCAUUGAAGAUACUACCAUAUAUGGAAAUCAGAUAUCAGGUAGUUUACCUUCAGAUUUAGGCCUUGGAACACCAAAUCUUGAAGAAGUUUACCUUGGAUCGAAUGAUCUCAGUGGAAGAAUUGCUCCUACAAUCUCAAAUGCUUCAAGGCUAAUUAUUAUAGACCUACCAAACAACAAAUUUACAGGUCCAAUUCCUAAUUCACUUGGUACCUUAGAGUGUCUUGAAGGCCUAUACUUGGGUGGUAACAACUUCAUGAGCCAUCUUCUUCUGAGUUAAGCUUCCUUACAUCCCUUGACUAAUUGUAGAUAUUUAAGAGAAGUGGUCAUUGAAGAGAAUCCUUUGAAUGGUUUUCUUCCAGCUUCUAUUGGAAACUUUUCCGAUUCUCUUCGGAUGUUUAUUACACGUAGAAGCAAACUGAAGGGCACCAUCCCAGAAGAAGUUGGAAACCUAAGCGGCUUACGUGUGCUAGCUCUGUCUCAUAAUAACCUCAUUGGUUCCAUUCCUGAAAAGUUGAGAACAAUGCAAAAUCUUCAAGAAUUUUACUUAGAAAAUAACAGUCUAAGAGGAACAAUACCUGAUGAUAUCUGCAGUUUACAGAAUCUUGGAGCUUUAAACUUGACUGCUAAUCAAAUUUCUGGUUCAGUUCCAGCUUGUUUAGGAAAAGUGUCUACUUUAAGAUAUCUUCAUUUAGGUUUCAACAGAUUGAGUUCCACCUUACCUGAAAGCCUGUGGAGUCUUCAAGAUCUCUUAGAACUGAGUGCAUCAUCAAAUCUAUUAAGCGGGCGUAUACCUCCUGAGAUUGGUAAUCUAAAAGUUGUGACACUAAUUGAUCUGUCCAAAAAUGAUCUUUCUGGUGAUAUUCCUAGUAGUAUAGGGGGUCUUGAAAAAUUGAUUAGUCUCUCAAUGGCACAUAAUAAAUUAGAAGGGCCUAUUCCAAGUUCAUUUGGUAAAAUGGUAGGCUUGGAAUUCUUGGAUUUUUCUUACAACAAUCUUACUAGUGAAAUUCCAAAGUCACUUGAAGCACUCUCACACCUUAACUAAGUCAACAUCUCUUUUAACAAGUUAAAAGGAGAAAUUCCCUCUGGUGGUCAUUUUGCAAAUUUCACCGGUCAAUCUUUCAUGUCCAAUGAUGCACUCUGUGGUGAUUCUCGCUUUAAUGUGUCACCAUGCCUCAUCAAAUCCACCAUGAAAUCAAGGAGAAAGAGAGUGCUCAUAGGACUAUUUAUUCUACUAGGGAUUGGAUCAAUGUUUCUAGCAUUUGUCCUUAGAUAUAUGCUGUUAAGAUGGCAAAAGAAAAAGAAGAAUUCAGAUCAAACAGAUGAGUCAUGAACUUCAACAAGCAACUGAAGGAUUCAGUGAGAGCAAUUUGCUUGGUAACGGGAGUUUCAGCAUGGUGUACAAAGGGAUACUUAAAGAUGGGAGUCUUUUGGCAGCAAAGGUAAUCAAUGUGCAAUUGGAGUGAGCAUUCAAGAGCUUUGACACAGAAUGUGAGAUACUACGCAACCUUCACCAUAGAAAUCUCACAAAAGUGAUCACUAGUUGUUCCAACCCAGACUUCAAAGCCUUAGUAUUGGAAUACAUGCCCAAUGGAACACUUGAUAAGUGACUAUACUCUCAUAACUUGUUCUUAGAUAUCUUGAAUAGGCUAGAUAUUAUGAUAGAUGUGGCAUCGGCAUUAGAUUAUCUCCACAAUGGGUAUCCAACACCUGUGGUGCAUUGUGACUUGAAGCCAAGCAAUGUCUUGCUAGAUCAAGAAAUGAUUGGUCAUGUGAGUGAUUUUGGCAUUGCAAAGUUGCUAGGUGCGGGGGAGACUUUUGUCCAAACAAGGACUAUUGCAACCAUUGGAUACAUUGCUCCAGAGUAUGGACAGGAUGGAAUAGUAUCCAAAAAUUGUGAUGUCUAUAGUUUCGGCAUCAUGAUGAUGGAAACAUUGACUAGGAUGAGGCCAAGGGAUGAUAUGUUUACAGGAGAUUUGAGCCUAAGGUGUUGGAUUAAUGAUUCUUUUCCUAGUGGAGUUGGUCAAGUUGUGGAUGCCAAUUUGUUGAGGCCAGAGGAAGGACAUAAUGAAGCAAAGACUCAAUGUUUGUUGUCUAUAAUGGAAUUAGCUUUGAGUUGCACUUUAGUGUCACCUGAUGCAAGAGUUAACAUGGAAGAUGCUCUUUCGGCCCUCAGGAAGAUAAGAUUUCAGUUUGUCACUAGUUGUUUUACUUAAAAGAAAAGGUUCUUUUACUUCCUUUUUUGUCAGUUUUCCCAUGCGAAGAUAAGAUUUUCGCAUGAUGUAUGUUCUGUGAUUCAGAGCUUGUAAAAAAAUAAGCUAUAUGAUUGAUUACUUUAGUAUUGCCAACUAAAAACUAAGGAGUUAUACAAAACAAAGUAAUAGACCUAUGACUUGCCUUUCCUUUGAUAGCUCAAUGGAGUUGGUGAGGACUACAGAAGCCACAGGGAUAAAUGCAUACAAAAAGCACUUAGAAACUAAUACACUUAAGAAAACAGGUCUACAACUAAAUGGAGCCUCAUGUUUCUUUACAGCAACUGCUUUUCUCCAGACUAAGGAUUUCUAAGCAGGACAAGACUUUAACUCUAAAUCUUUCUCAGUCCACUCAGGUCGAUAUCUGUAAUACCCAAUGGAAUGAGAAUAAAUAUGUCCUAGGAUGCCAUUUCUGAUCAUUGUUUUUCUUUUUCACAAGGACCAUUGUGAUCAUUGUUUUGCUAGUGAACUCACAGAGCUUAUCAUAGUCCAUCAGAGAAAUGUAUUCAAUUGUGGUUGAGAAGCCUACACAAUGCUCUCAGGCUCUUAGAGCAUCAGCCCUCAUGUCAAUUCCUCUUUACUAUUGAUAGCUCAAUGGAGUUUGUGAGGACUACAGAAGCCACAGGGAUAAAUGCAUACAAAAAGCACUUAGAAACUAAUACACUUAGGAAAACAGGUCUACAACUAAAUGGAGCCUCAUGUUUCUUUACAGCAACUGCUUUUCUCCAGACUAAGGAUUUCUAAGCAGGACAAGACUUUAACUCUAAAUCUUUCUCAGUCCACUCAGGUCGAUAUCUGUAAUACCCAAUGGAAUGAGAAUAAAUAUGUCCUAGGAUGCCAUUUCUGAUCAUUGUUUUUCUUUUUCACAAGGACCAUUGUGAUCAUUGUUUUGCUAGUGAACUCACAGAGCUUAUCAUAGUCCAUCAGAGAAAUGUAUUCAAUUGUGGUUGAGAAGCCUACACAAUGCUCUCAGGCUCUUAGAGCAUCAGCCCUCAUGUCAAUUCCUCUUUGAAGCAACUAGAAGUAUUCACAUUGGAAUUGGAAAUAAUAAGCUCGAAUUAAUAACUUCUACUACAUCAAGGUGCCACUCGUAGUGUUCCUGUCAUCAUCUCGGACCAGCUACUAAUCUUCACCUUGGUAAACUAUUGCCUCAGCAACUAGCUAAUCAGAGGAGAACCCCUCCACAAAUUCCUCCUUUUAUCAUAUUUGCUUUAGUUGAAGAGAAUCAAUUAAGUAAUAUCAGAACAAGUAACCACUGAGAUUUUUGCAAGAAUAUCCACUUUGGAAUUCUAAAGGGAGAGAUUCUGGCAGGAUUAUCCAUCUACUUUGAAUUCUAAAGAAAAGGUUCAGAAUAAAUUAUCACAACUGCAUAGAAACUGAAAAAAGGGAAAAUACCAAUGCAUUGGAUCAUAAUCAGUCUUUUAUUACAUGGAGAUCACACCAUCUUUCCUUGAGCAUUGUUGUUGACACCACUAAACUACUAAUCAACUACCUGGAUUACACCAAAAAGCACUCUGUCGUUAAUUUCUCAAGCAUCUGCCUCCAUAACUAUCGCUCAGGUACCUCCACAAGCUACAAAAAUAACUCAAACCAUUCAAGUGCCUGCACAAGCUACUAAAUGACAACCCCCAUAGGGGGCAAAUUUAAUAAGAAAUGCUUAAGCAAAAGUCCUACUACAUUUCAAAUAACUUUCAAAUGC